AUGGCAACAAGUUUACAGGCAACAUGGACUGCCAUGGAGUGGAGUUGUGAUGAAGUUGCCAGGUGGAUUGAGUCUAUAGGAUUUCCACAGUACAAAGCAUGUUUCACAGACAACUUCAUCAAUGGCAGGAAGCUCAUCUAUGUAAACUGUACCUACCUGCCAAGACUCGGAAUCACAGAUUUUAAAGAUAUGCAGGUCAUCACUGCCUCUGUGCGUGAGCUGCUGGGAAUCACAGAGACCAGGUGGAGCCGCAGCAUAGCCGACCCCCUUCGGGACAACAUGGCCCUGUUCCUGGAGCAGAAGAGCCGCACAGGUAAACAAGCAGAGGCCCUCACCUACCAGCAGUCCUCAGAUGGCACACGUCGGCAAGAGAAGGAGCCCGACGUGAAUCACAACAGCAAAGGAGGGCAGUAAAAACCAAGACAUGUCAGUGUCAUUUCCUAUCACCAACUGUCAGCUCCCGAUGACUCGGAUGAUACACUCACUGUGGGUCACAUGCAGGCCUUGACAUUAACACUUCCCUCCCACCAGCAGAAUGCGUGUAUGCUGAUGGUUACUGUGGUGCCAGAUAUCUUUUCUUUUUUUCAGUUUUCAGUCUCAAAAUCACGUCUGUAAUGAAUGUCUGGAAAUAUACCGACUGCCGGUGGGACCUCACGAAGCGAGCAGAACAACAAAGACGUUGUCACACAUCUAUCAGGGACACACAGCACACACCCAUGCAGUAUGAUAAAGAGACUUCUUGUUCUGCAUACCUAUGAAUGCUCAAACCAUUAGGCUAUUCCUAUUGAUCUUC